CUUGUAGUCAGCUGUUGCAGCAGCAGCAGCAGCAGCAGUGUUGUUGUGUCAGCUUGAUGAUUAAGCUUGUGUAGUGAAGCUUAGUGUUGAGGUAGAGUGAGGUACCAUGAGGUAGAGUGAGGUACCAUGACCUCCACCAUCACCUCCACCAUCACCUCCACUAUGGAAGCCAUUAAGAAGAAGGUUUAUCACGCCGCCAAGUUGGGUCUCUCCAUCUCUCUCUACGCUCACUUGUCUGUCAAGGCUCAGCACGAGUGUCAGCACCUGCUAGGACAGGUUGUAGAAGAAGAUGGUCAGAAGUGUACACCUCUUAUAAUAUCUGCACGCAACGGUCACGAGAAAGCUGUUCGUACACUUCUUAAGUUUAAUCCAGAUCUGGAACAAGAGGGAACUGUUAAGUUUGAUGGCUAUGUUAUCGAAGGUGCAAGUCCAUUAUGGUGUGCAGCGGGUGCUGGUCACUUGGGGGUAGUGAAGAUGCUGGUGCGAGCCGGUGCAAACGUCAAUCAUCCUACCAAAACAAAUUCCACUCCACUGCGAGCCGCUUGCUUCGAUGGUCGUCUGGACAUUGUCAAAUACUUAACCGACCAUAGUGCCAAUAUUCAUAUAACUAAUAAAUACAAUAACACUUGCCUUAUGAUCGCUGCAUAUAAGGGACACGUAGAUGUGGUACAGUUUCUCUUAGAACUUGGUGCGAACCCCGAUGAAAAGGCUCACUGUGGCGCUACAGCACUACAUUUUGCCGCCGAAUGUGGCCACGUAAAGAUAGUGCAAGAACUAUUGGUUCAUGGAGCAAAAAUAACCAAAAACGAGCACGGGAUGACACCCCUCAUAGCGGCUGCGGAAAGAACGCGGAGUGAUGUGGUGGAGUAUUUAAUAUCACGACCGGAUGUUACCAGGGAGGAAAAAGUGGAUUCAUUGGAGUUGCUUGGGGCGUCCUUUGCAAGUGACAAGGACAAUUAUAAUAUUGAACUUGCUUACAAGUAUAUGCUAAAGGGCAUGAAGGAGAGAUACAGUGAUCCCAAUGAUAUUAUUUGUAAGCCUAAGGUUGAGCCAGUACCGGCCUAUGAGAAUCGUGUAGAGUGUGAGACAGUUGGUGAACUGGAAAGUAUUCGACUUAUCUCUGGCAGCCUUCACAUGGAAAGUCUGGCCAUUAGAGAACGUAUUCUUGGUCCCCAUAAUCCUGAGGUACCUCAUCCUGUAAUCUUCCGUGGAGCCGUGUUUGCCGACAAUGCUCGUUUUGACCGAUGCUUGCAGCUCUGGAUGCACGCUUUAAGAUUAAAACAGCUUAAUAAAGUUUGUGUUAUGAAAGAUCUUCUGAGAUUUGCACAGGUGGCUUCCUCAGUCCGAUAUGGAGAUGAAUGGUGGAAGAAGAGUGAGUGCGAGGUGUUUUCCCAGAUGUUACAUGUGGGGGUACAGCUGGAGUUUGAAGCAGUACAUGAGGUUUUAGGUGCUACUGUUCUUGAGCUCAAGAGAAACCAAGAGAAAAUACAGAAUCCCGGCCCUAAGGAUGAUGUAGAGACUGUUAAGGACGAAAUGGAAAGCAACAUGAUCACAGCUCUCUAUCUUAUCAUGAUUGCAAUGUGUGUGGCAAAGGGCCGCUCCACAUCUCAGCCUGCUGGUGUUGCAAAUGGCGUUGGUGGUAACAAUGGCAUUGGAGGCCUCAAUGGAGGCAUUGGAAUCGCAGGAUUUGGAAUUCGAAGUGUGGAUGGAGAAUCUACUGGACACUCUCCCCAACACCUGCAUCAGGUUGUUGAAAAAGAAACCCAGGUUCACCACACUGUGUAUAGCCUGGUUCGUGUGGAAGCCAGGACGAGGUCAGGACAGUCACUGCUCCAUCUUGCUGUUAACCCAGAGACACCUGUGGACGACUUCCAUACUAAUCAUAUAUGCAGAUUUCCGUGUGCCACAACAACCAAGUUACUAAUAGCAUGUGGAGCUGAUGUCAACAGUAUGGACAAGAACCGUAACACUCCACUACACCUGAUUGUUCCCUAUCAGAAACCCAUCAGUGACUUCCUCACCCUACAUAACAUUAUCAUGGCACUAAUAGAGAACGGAGCGCAUAUGGACACUGUCAACCAGAUGGGAGCGACUCCUUUUGACUCUGCGACUACUGGUGUGGCGGAGAUAAUUCUUCGAACUCAGAAAAAGUUGAGCCUGAAAUGUCUGGCAGCUAAAGCAGUCAAGAUCAAUGGGAUCUUAUACAAGGGUCAAGUUCCUCGACACUUAGAAGCUUUUAUUGAACUUCACGGUCCGGGCCAUGUCGACGGACUCUCUAAUAGACCUUGCAAAGGUGAACAUCGACUAUGAAGGCCAUAGACAUGAUAAUCUCUUUUAUUUUUGUUCAUGUCACUCAUUUUACCUUGAGUUUUAACAUGCUAUAUCAAUUUAAUUUAUUGAACCAAACUAACUAUUAAUUAUGAGAGGAUCCUGAGGUUGUUACCUCAGUGUUCCAAGUGAACGUAUGUUUGGAAUAAAUCCCUUAAACCAGUAUUAAAGCCAAUAUACUCCCAUGUUCUAUGUUGCUUGUUCUUCAGGUGACACUUGUGAGACUUAUGUUUUGUUAUCUUGUACAUAUGUCUACAGAUAUUGCUAAUAAAGAUUUUAUGUA